UCUCAUAACAAACGGACGUUGCAAUAAAAGUUCAAAACUUUGCAGCUGAAUUAAAACCCAUCUAUAGAAUCAACAGCUAGCAAGCGCAACAAACACAAGAAUUUAUUAUAAACUAUAGUAGAGCUGUUUUAAAUUUCUUGCUUAGCAGCUACCAUUUAAAUUUCGCGUGGCGUUUCGUUUUAUAGUUGCGCGUAUUGAAACCAAAAGUUAUGUGAUAAGAAAUUCGUGUGCUUUUUCGCAGUGAAAGUGUCCUGCGUGUUUGUGCUGGUGUGUAUAUGCUGUAGUGCGCAGGACUUGCCAUUGAAAGCUUCUUAUCAAAAAUAAGCUGCUGGCCGCAGCCUAUUGUCGCUUCUCAAGGCCACGGAAACAUCUGGCGCACACUUGAAAACAAAACAAACCAAAAACAAACCAAAUAAGAGUUAUAGAAUAACACAAAUUUUUAUAUAAGCUUCGUUGCCAUAUUCUUUUAUAUAAAUAAUUGAACUGCUAGCUAAAAACUCGCCGUAAAAACCAAUUUAAAGAUGUCUUCCAUGGCUGCAUUUGAUCAAAUAAAAAUUGGACUCAAAAUGGUCGACUUCAAGGUGCAACAGCGUCGAUAUCGCACCAGUGAAAAGACUGUCGUCAGUACUACAUAUGGACCCAUAAAGGGUGUCAAGCGCAAGUCCAUUUACGGCCAAUCCUACUUUAGUUUCGAGCGCAUACCCUUUGCCAAACCACCGAUCGGCGAGCUCCGCUAUAAGGCGCCCGAGCCACCAGAGAUUUGGACUGAGGUGCGCAGCUGCACAUCACAGGGUCCAAAGCCAUUGCAGAAGCACUUUGUGUUCGAGAUGACAGACGGCUCCGAGGACUGCCUUUACCUCAAUGUCUACACAAAGAAUUUAAGUCCCACCAAACCCAUGCCUGUCAUGGUCUGGAUCUACGGCGGUGGCUUUCAGUUCGGGGAAGCCUCGCGUGAGUGCUAUAGUCCGGACUAUUUGCUGCGCGAGGAUGUGGUUGUCAUAUCGAUUAACUAUCGUCUGGGUCCACUUGGCUUUCUAUGUCUGCAAGAUCCUGAGUUCGAUGUGCCUGGCAAUGCGGGGCUCAAGGAUCAAGUGCUGGCCCUUCGGUGGGUCAAGGCGAAUUGCUUGCGCUUUGGCGGCGACUCCUCGAAUAUAACCCUGUUCGGCGACAGCGCUGGCAGCGCCUCAGUGCACUAUAUGAUGAUCACAGAGCAGACGCGUGGUCUCUUCCACAAGGCCAUCUGCAUGUCUGGCAAUACGUUGUCGCCUUGGGCGGUGACGCCUCAGCGCAAUUGGCCGUAUCGUCUGGCCCAGCAGGCAGGCUACACAGGCGAUAAUGCGGAGCGCGAGGUCUGGGAGUUUUUAAAGAGCGCCAAGGGCUCGGACAUAAUCAAGGCAAAUGGUGAGCUCUGCAUUGAUGAGGAGAAAAAAGAACGUAUUGGCUUCUCCUUCGGCCCUGUCAUUGAGCCGUAUGUGACCAACCACAGUGUGGUACCCACCAAGCCCAUCGCUAUGAUGCGCACUGCCUGGAGCAACAGCAUACCCCUAAUAUUGGGCGGUGUGUCCAACGAGGGCCUGCUGCUCUACUCAGAAACAAAGACGAAUCCAAAGUGUCUUAACGAGUUGGGCGACUGCCGCUACGUGGUGCCCAUGGAGCUUAACAUGGAUCGCGAUAGUGAGCUGUGCCGAGAAUAUGGCGAGCAGCUGCGUCAGUGCUACUACACCGAUAAGACGCCCAGUCUGGACACGCUCCAUGAGUAUCUGCAGAUGGUAUCGCAUGAGUAUUUCUGGUUCCCCAUCUAUCGCACAGUAUUGUCGCGCUUGGAGCACGCACCGAGCGCCCCCACCUAUUUGUAUCGCUUCGACUUUGACUCGAAGCACUUUAAUCAUCUGCGCAUACUCAGCUGUGGGAAGAAAGUUCGUGGCACAUGCCACGGCGACGAUCUCUCGUAUCUCUUUUACAAUUCUCUAGCACGCAAGCUUAAGAACCAUACCAGAGAGUACAAGUGCAUUGAGCGCUUUGUAGGCCUGUGGACGCACUUUGCGACGCAUGGUAACCCCAAUUUCGACCCGGAGCAGUCAGAUUUGUGGCAGCCCGUGUCUGCGGCUGCACUCGAAAAGCGGCAGCUCAAGUGCCUUAAUAUCUCCGAUGAGCUGAAGAUCAUCGAUGUGCCCGACUUGCAUCAGCUAAUGGUCUGGGAGAGCUUCUUUAAGCGUGAUGAGCUGAUGUGAAUUACAAAUGAGUUUAUAGCUUUAUAGCAGUGUAGUCUUUAUGUUGAGACAGCGCCAAGCGUUGUUUUUAAUCCAAACUACUAAGCAUAGUUACGAUAAUAUUUUGAAAAAUGCAGAUGCUACGUCUAUACAUAGUAUGUGUUAUUUAGUUCCCCAGCUGUUUUAAGAACGUUAAAAUCGUUUUAGUGUCUCUCGUAGAUAAAAAUUUAUAAGUUUAGUGCAAUGUGAAUGAGUGUAGCCCUAACUCUCAUGCUAAAAGUCGCAACUGAAGUACCUUUAAUACAUAGUGACAUACACAACUAAGAAAGCGUACAGUCGAGGAACUUAUGCCCAAAUAAGUCAAGUUAUGCUAAACGAAUAUGUUCCUUAUGUCUUUCAACUGAUGAAAUCCAAAUGUAUAUAGGCUGUAAUAUUUCAUUCUAGUUGUUGCCACUUAGGCUAUGAUUUGUAUUCUAAAAGUAACGUGCUAAAAUUCUCUCAUAUAAAAUACAACAAGAAAUAAGCAUAUAUACAUACAUAUGUAUGUAGGGUAUAGAUAUAUAUUUUUUAAACAAUAUGUUGGGCAGUUGAGCUCAUGAAUAAUAUAAAACCCGUUUAACUUUAACGCUAGGCGUUUGCAUGCUUAAUAAUUAUACUUUGUAUGCAUACAUAUGUAUUCGAUUAUUUGAACACGUACAACACCAGUCCAAGUUUUACAUACAUAUUUAGGAAUAUAAUUCUUGUUAGUCUUUUUAAAUGCAUAUAUUUAUAUUCAAGAAGAAAAAAGGAGAACGCUACAAAAUUUAUUUAGGAAAUAUUGAAAAUGUUUAAAAUGUCUGUUGACUCAAAACACCUUUAAGCUGUUAUUGAAUGCACAAAGCUAGAACUAAGUGUUUCUAAUUGUUUUCAUAGAUUCCACAAAGAGCGUUAAAUGUAUUUUUAGCUCACUAAAUUCAAUUCCUACAAGCUUCAAAUGUAAUGUGAUGCAACUACAAAUAUUUUAAUAAGAUAAAAAUCGGAACUUUAUGACAAAAUUUGAAAAUAAACGUAUUUCAACC